AUGGACAUCCAAAACAUGACCCAAGUGAGAGUGUUUGUGUUUUCUGGACUCACUAACAAUGUAAAUCUUGCCCCAUUCCUCUUCGUGUUCUUCUUACAUGUCUACGUGGUGAGUGUAGUGGGAAACAUUGGCAUGAUGGCCAUUGUCCAUAUCAACUUCAGCCUCCACACUCCGAUGUACUUCUUCCUGAGCUACCUCUCCCUGGUGGACCUUUUCUACUGCUCAGUUAUAACUCCUAAAAUGCUCUCUGACCUUAUCUCCACGAGGAAGACCAUCUCAUUUGUUGGUUGCACACUUCAGUUUUUCUGCUUUGCUUUUAUGGCUGCUACUGAGGCUUUUCUUCUAUCGAACAUGUCGUACGACCGGUAUGUCGCUAUUUGCCACCCUCUCCACUAUGUCUCAAUAAUGACUAAGAAGAAAUGUGUGUCGCUUGUUUUCAUUUCAUUUUCUGUUGGGUUCUUGCAGUCAUUAGCACAGACCAGCUGCACAUUCAGUCUCCAAUUCUGUAGCUCAAACCUCAUAGACCACUUCUACUGUGAUGUCCCUCCAAUGCUCACAUUAUCCUGCUCUGAUACUUUCUCCUGUGACAUGGUAACUGUAUUUAUUAUAUCUUCUUGUGGCAUAGGCUCCUUGGUGACAAUCCUGAUCUCAUAUACCCUUAUUGUUUCUUCCAUUUUACGAAUGAAAUCUGCUGAGAGCAGGCAGAAAGUGUUCAGUACCUGCUCCUCACAUCUCACCUCAGUCUCCAUUUUAUUUGGGACUGUUUUCUUCAUUUAUCUGCGACCACAUGACAGUGCCUUUGGGAAAUGGGAUAAAGUGGUAUCUGUCUUCUACACGGUAAUAACACCAAUGUUGAAUCCACUUAUCUACAGCCUGAGAAACCAAGAGGUGAAAAGGAGCAUCUUGGAGGCAGUGCACAAAGCUCCCAGAUGCCAAUGGAGAUAG